AUGGUGGUUUGUUGUGUGGACAAGGCAGGUGCAGGCGUCGGUGGCAGGCGCAAGCGCAAAUGUUGGCAGUUGUUGUUGGAGCGGUUGUUGAACUGUCCGGUUUGGAGAGAACCGGCCAAUCGGACUGCUAGUUCACCUGAUUCGAUUCCGUUGAACUUUCAAAGAAGACCGGUGUCAGUCUUCCCUAUAAAUUUGCCUUUAGCUGGAGGGAUAUCAUUCACCAAGGGCAGAGAAAUAGGUCCAGUUAUGAAGCCCAACAUAAAAGAGCACUUCACAAAUCCGGGCCAUUCACUAACAGAGGCUUAUGGGAGCGAAGAGUUCCAUUGCGAUGGCUGCAAGACCCCUGGAAAUGGCCCCAGAUAUCGAUGCCACACAUGCGAUUCCACUCUGCAUGAGUACUGUGGAGUGUGCCCAACCACCCUCUCCACCUUUAUGCACCCCCGGCACCAGCUCAAACAAGUGAUUCGAACCCAAGGCAGGCGCGUUAACGAGCGGUUGUGCACUUUGUGCAGGGACGAAGUUGAGGGGCUGUUCUAUCGGUGCGCGGUCUGCGACUUCAACAUCCACCCGCUAUGCACCAAAAUUCCCGAGUCUGUGCGCCACCCCCUCCACCCCACUCAUCAAUUAAAGCUCCGGACGUCGUCCUCCGGCCGGUGCAGUGUCUGCAAAGGGGAGUGCACUUCAUGGCGGUACGGAUGUGGGAUUUGUAGUUUUGAUAUUCAUCUUGAGUGCAUUUUAGCACCGUGCGAGACGCCAACGAUUUCACGCUCAAUGGGAGCGCCAACUACUCCAGCACCACCGCCUUAUGGUCCUUAUGGUAUUGCACCACCGCUGCAUCCAUGGGGUGUUUAUGGAGGGCUGCCUCCUUAUAGUGCUUACGGGCCGUGGUAUCCUUAUUAUUCGUCAACACCACAUCUUUAUAAUUGGCCAUCGCCAACUCCUUUUAGUGCUUAUGCUCCACCACCCCCAUCUUCUUUUCCUGUGCCACCUCCGUCUUCUGGUUUUUAUGCUCAUGGAGGUACCACUGAUUUUGGUCCACAUAACACGAAUAAUCAAGCUCAAGGAACUGGUAAACCGUCAAAAGGGAUGCUGAGCAAGAUUAUAUAUUCGCUAUCGAUGGGAAUGUUGACUAAUUUGAUCGCAGGCGGAAUAACAGGCUGACCUUCUUAAUUUGCAAUGAAUUUACAUUGGAUGUCUUGUGAGGUUUAAUUCUGUACGCUCGGGCUUGUUUUGAGAGGUGACUAACAUCUCUUUUCUAUUGAAAAAUUGAAAAAUGAAAAAGGAGAAAGAUCCUUGAUAUCAUUUUUCUCAAUCCCAAAGAGGAUUCAACGUUGAGAUACUUAAUUUAUUUUGUUA